AUGGAUUCAUCAUGCCUUUACCAAAAGAAAAGUCGCUCACUCACAAACCACGUGACUAGCACGUUCAAUUGGGCUACGCUUUUGUUGCUGUUCAAGAGGACGGACAGCGAACGGACUUAUCCAGUGGCGGCCAAUAUUUCAGAUUUGCUGCCCUGGAUGGCUCCUAUACACAAUGCAUUUGCUACUCGGCUACUGGCUGAACUUCUUGGACAUGAAGUGGACAGUGGCCUCUUGCUGAAAGAGGAACGUCCAAACAACAACCCACAGACUCUUCAUGUAAAGUGUGCCAUUGUUUUGGGGAAGGAAGUGGUAAACUUCCCCAAGAAGAUCUUGGAAGAAGAUAUUCCUCCUCCAUUAUGGAAAGUCAUCUCCGAGUAUAUGUGUCCCUGGACGCUACUUAAGCUUGGAGGAGAAUUUCUUACACGCAAAGGUGUAAAUGUGGCUGAGUGCUGGCGUAACCAUUACAAUCGUCGCUGGCCCUGGAAGUAUGGACGCAGUGCAUUGGAUCUUCUUGACCGUCACAACCUCACCCACAGACAGCUUUAUAUUGAUAGGCACUUCAUGAAGUUACUUGAAGAAUAUUACCGCAUGUACCCGUUUGGUCAGCUGAAAGCCAACCAUCCUGAAAGAAUUUUGAGUCAUGACCUAAUGUGGUGCUCUGUGAAUGAAUAUGAUCCCAAAGUUCCUUGCUAUUUGCCAAAAAAGGUGCAGGCCACUAUGAAAAAAGAUACAAUGGGCAGUCGAGUGCUGGCCCUAGCCAAGCAUGUCACUUCACUCACCCUCAAUGCUUCACUCUCUCUUUUCCUUGAGGACCACUGGGAACUGGUCAUGGAGCUCCUUGAAUCUGUCGAGCUUUUGCGUAUCCAAUGUUAUCCGACUGUGACUGAAUCCAACUGUUGCUGGAACAUCAUAGAAACAUUCCUGCGCCAUGGAAAGCUGCAGGAGUUCUCGCUGACAUUUGCCAAGUGCAGUGAUGGGUUUGUUGACUUGUUUGAGCGCCUAAUGACCAUUUGUGCUGGUCUGGAUCAUUCUGAUAUGGUCAGUUCAAAUGACCUUAACUUUGACUGUGAUAUAUCUGGGUGUUCAGAUGACAUUUUUGAUGUGAGCCUUGAUCAGAUGGGACAGUCAGUAGAGAAAAAACUCGGGGGCCAUCAAUCAGAGAACUUGUAUUUUUGUACUGAUUCUUGCAGUAGUUUUAGGCAAAGCUGUUACCGGUCAUUCAAAAGACCAAGUACUAGUUCCUUGUUUGAGAAUUCAGAUGAUAAGGAUGAGGAAACUGAAUCCUAUGUUAAUAAGGACGAAGUGGUUCAUUAUGAUAAUAAUGGUAGCACUUACGAGGCAUAUCCUUGCCCAAAACAUGCAGUGAAUUUUUCAAACACCAGACAAAUUCUUAGUGAAAACGAACUGGAUGCCAACAGACCUGGGGUUCCUCUAAGAUGCAAGAAAUUUUGUCGGAACCUCUCUUCUUAUCUCAGUAAAUCUCAAUCGGGGUCUGCAAGUGAGACAAACUUGCUAAAUUCAAUGUUGAGGCAUCAACGCCUUAGCAGCCAUUCUCCUUCAUCUUUUAGACAUUCUCAUUGUCACACAAACCUGGAGGCCAGUCCAAAAUCCCGUAAGUGCUGGAAGAGCUCUAUCAACUGGUUCGAUUCUAAGAAUUGUCCUCAGUCUGAAAAUGUCAACUGCCUGUCUCAAGCUAAGCUGGAUGGUGGCUGUUGUUGCCGGUUAUAUGAAUGUCCAACACAAACAGGCAAAUUUUCAAAGCUUUGUCCAUACUGGACGAAAGAAGACAACUUUCCAUAUCUCUCCACAACUCGGCUACAUUCCAUGAAGUAUGAAACGAAGCGCAAAACUUCUUUUUCAGUCUUGACCGCCCUUUUGUCGAACUCGUAUGACGAAUUGGCCGAGGUCAAACAGCUGAAACCAUCAGACCGGCACAGGUAUUACAGGCCACUAGGUAAGCUGCAUAAUCAUUCUUCAUCAAGCGCAAAUGCUGGGACCACGUCUGGACAUUCUGGGAGUAAUGGCGUGACCCAGUGGAGUGAGGGCAACAUGCAGGGCAUUCUCUGUGAACAGGAGAACCUCUCAAACUGCUGUAUGAAACCAGAGAAGAACAAACCGGAGAAUAGGACAUUCUCUUUGUUUGACUCCACGGCUACUACCUCUUCUUCCAUCACCACCCCACCCAACUCUCCUAAUACAUCUGACCUCAACCCUGCCAUGCCACCAACACAGAACUUUAAACAUGAAGAAUCUACAGUCCCAUUAGCCAACAAAUGGGAACGUCCGCAGAAUAGCAAGGACACGGAAGCAAGUAAUCUCCAGUCGUUGCUAGAUAGCAUAAACGGUGAAGACCAACAGCUGGUUAAAUUGGAGUCAAAUUUCAAAAACCCAAAUGGCUUGAGUAACCGUAAACGGCGGCAUUCUGGGGGGAAGGAGGCAGCGGCGACACGAAGAGGGUUGGCUGCUGAUACAAGCCCAACGCCAAAACCAAAGAAUCAUGACAAACGCCGCGUUUCUUUUGACAUCUAUGCAGACUUGGAUGACAACUUCUCUUCCAAAUCCCGGUCUGUUACCGAUGACCCUGAUGUCUUGCAGAGGGGGGCUGAUUCUCCGGAUUCGGGCUGUCGGUUGCAGUCACCAACUCUGAGUCAGCAAAACUCACCAAAUUCAACACCCAAAAGCUGCAAGUCGGACAGUUCCUUGUGGGACUUGUGCUUGGGACUUACAAAAAGUAACAGUGGUGCAUAUAUCUCAAAGGCGACACAUGGUUUGAAGUCUCUUCGGAUUAUUGGUGAUCCAGCUCCACAUAUCGGCUACGUCUUGAGGGACAUCCUUCCCAUGUGGCCAGCCUUACAAAAACUGUAUUUGAAUGUUACUGGCUUAAAUAAUCCCAAAUUAUUGGAUGUAAUUGGUGAUUUGCUUGAUAAAAAGCAACUGAAAGAUCUCAGCAUCAUUGGUUGUGAAACUGAAGAUGGCGUUUUCCGUAGAGCAUUACAAUGUCUGCACAAUAGUUACAGAGAUGAUGGUGAAAAGAAUGGAUUAAAUCUAUUGAAUAUCCAGAGUUUUGCUGAUCCCAGCAUCACUUGUUCAGCAACUUUGCCUCCAGCUGAACCUCUCUAUGGUGUCAAGAACCUCAUUUUGCGGGAUAACAUAUUUGAUUUGUUUGGGGUGUCUGGUUUGCUGCGCAUAAUUGAAUUUGACAAUGCCCUCAUCAAGUUGAACCUUAAGUGCAGCUACCUUCAUGCGUGGAUGGGCCAGCUGCUGGCAGCCAUAGCUCGCAAAGGUCAGAUUGAGGAGCUGUACUUGGGUAGCAACCAAAUUGAGGGCAGCCAUUCUGAAUUGGAACUUAUCAAAGUCCUGAACCAGUGCAAAAACCUCAAGAGGUUGGACCUUCGUUCCUGUAGUCUGCGUAGCCAAGUUGUUUCUAGCGAGAACUUUAUUUCUGCCAUCCGCAACCAUAAGAGUUUGGAAUUUCUCUGUCUGAAGGGGAAUCGCCUGGGUAAGUCGAUUGUCAUAAUUAUUGGAUUUUUCUAUCUCUGA